UUCAUUCCUUUGGCGAUAGAACACGCAUCAAUUUAAAGAAUUCCGGAAAAAAAUCUUUCAAUUUUGUGCCUAAAUAGUACAAUUACAGUUAACAAAAUAUUUUCAGAGUUUUAGUUUGUGAAAAGUCGAAAUGUUUCGCGUAACACGACGUUUGGCCACUCGGGUUUUUCCUUCCCGGCAAGCAAUUUUCAAGAGGACCUACUCCCAGAUGAUAAACCAGAUGUUGCAGAUUCAGCAGAUGGAAAUCUGCGCAGAUCCUCCAUCACGUGGCCUGAUUAUCGGAGUCUAUGCGGACGAAGAGGAUAAGAACGAUGCCGGUAUCUUGACCCAGGCCGGCUGGCGAUACAAUGUCCAAAAGACGCACGGACGUUUGUUGGAGGUGCUGCGCAUGUCUGGUCCCAUGCCGAAGCGUGGUGAGACGCGGAUGCUCUUCGCGAUUGAGCCCGAACGGGUACCCUAUUACUCGGCGGUGGCUGUAAUAGGUCUGGGCAAGGAAUGCCUGGGCUAUAAUCCUUACGAGGUGCUCGAUGAGCAAAAGGAGGCCAUUCGUCGGUCGGUGGCUGACGCCUGCAGGAUCCUGGCCGAACUAGACACCGAUCGUAUUGAAGUGGAGAACUGUGGUCAUGCCGAGUCAGCCGCUGAGGGAGCCGCUUUGGGCAUUUGGGUAUACCAGGAGCUGCGCGAUCCCAAGCGGCGUAUGUCGGUCCCAGCAAUUGAUUUGUAUACCAACAAAGAUGAGAUCUGCGACAUCGAGGGCUGGCGUAUUGGAUUGCAGAAAGCCGCUGCACAGAAUCUGACCCGGCAGCUUCAAGAGAUGCCUUCGAACUUGCUGACCCCCACAGCAUUUGCCCAGAACGUCGUAGAGGUUCUGUGUAAAUCUGGUGUCAAUGUGGAAGUCAAAGUAGAAGGCUGGGCCGAGAGUCAGUCGAUGCAUGCCUUCUUGGCGGUGGGAAAGGCUUCCUGUGAGCCACCAAUCUUCCUAGAGCUAAGCUACUAUGGAACAUGCGCCGAGGAGCGUCCCAUUGUUCUUGUCGGUCAGGGUGUGACAUUUGAUGCCGGUGGCUUAUGCCUGAAGGAACGUGGAGAACUUUACCACAUGCGUGGUGAUAUGACCGGAGCUGCUGUUGUGGUGGCGACCUGUCGUGCCGUGGCAGGACUGCGUUUGCCGGUCAACAUUCGCGGUCUCAUCCCACUCUGCGAGAACGUAAUUGGAUGCAACUCGUUCCGUCCCGGUGACAUGGUUAAAUCCAUGAAUGGCAAGACUAUCGAGGUCCAAUGUACCGACCAUGAGGAUGUUCUGGUUCUUGCCGAUGCUUUACUGUACGGUCAGAACUUCUGCCCCAAGUGCAUCAUUGAUAUUGGCACCUGCUCGGGUUAUAUGCGUCAGGCCUUGGACGAAGCUGCUUGCGGUAUUUUCACCAACUCUGAAAUCCUCUGGCAACAGAUCAAGCACGCCAGCAUGCACACCGGAGAUCGCGUCUGGCGCUUCCCAUUGUGGAACUAUUACAGCAAGGCCGUCCGCGCUGGUGGACGUAGUGAUGUUCAGAACUACGGCAUUGGACGUGGAGGCCGUCCCUGCAAGGCAGCUGCCUUCCUGCGUGAAUUUGUGCCAUGCGGCCAAUGGAUGCAUAUUGAUGCUACCAAUGUGAUGGUAACAGCGGGUGAAGAGUUCGAGUAUUUGCGACGUGGAAUGGCUGGUCGUCCAACUCGCACUUUGAUAGAGUUUAUUGCUCAGACCAUUUGCAAGGACACUGCCCCAAAGUUGAAAAGUUAGGAUGAAAUAACAGCGAAAGGUGGUGGGGGAGUUCCAAACAGAUCUUCGGAGGGUGCUACAGUUUCGGAGUUCUUUUAAGUGACAGAUCUGCGACUUA